AUGUGUCUGGAGCUGGCGGCCCGCUGCGCCAAGCACCCCGCCGGCAAGAGCUCCUUUGUUAAACUCUCCGGUUUGAACAAGACCGCGUACCAGAGCUCCGUGAAGGCCUUGGAGUGCUUGCUGGGGGUGAACGCCCGGCUGGGGAUGCGCGAGCUGGCGGUGCGGUUGUGCUGCACGGAGGCACUGAGCGCGGCUUCGGAAAUCCUGCAGAGGUAUGAAUCCAGCCUCCCUGAAGCACAGCAAAUGGAACUUGAUUUCUCAAAACCACUAUUUAUAGCAGCUGCACUAUUCACUGCGUGCAGGUGUUUGAAGCUGAAAGUGGACAAAUCUAGGAUGUUGGCUAUAUCUGGAGUGAAAAAAGCAAUAUUUGAUCGUCUGUGCAGUCAGAUGGAGAAGAUAAGCCAGCAACUCAGCAAAGAUGAUAUUCCAUUAGCUGCAGAGAUAUCUGAAACCCAGCAGACUGACCUGGAGCAGUGUGAGAAAGAAGGUUCUGAAGUUCGUGAUGAUGAGAUUCCAUGUAAACAGCGAAAGACUGAAACAAAGCAAGACUAUGAAGAAUGGAAAAGGAGAAUCCUGGAAAAUGCUGCUAAGGCACAAGAGACAAAUAGUGGUACUGUUUCUGUAGUGCCACCUUGUAAUAUCACUACUGCUUGCUCUUAAUGUUAACAGUCCUUUUGUUCUUAACAAUUCCUGUAGCAUACAAGCGAUGACUGGCUGGUAUUCAGCUAAUUUUAUUUUUUGAGCUAGUUUUUAAAUGUUAUUUUUAUUAAAUGACAAUUGAGGUGAUUUUUGGAAGAAGAGUGUUUAAUUAUUUGCCAGGCUGGUACUUGAGCAGAUGUAGCAUUAGGUGGUAGGACAGCUUCAUUUUUCUUGGUACAAGCAGUAGGUGACACUCUAAUACGAUGUUGAAUAAAUGAUGUCAUAUGUCCUUGUGCCUCUAACUGGCAGUAGACAAUGAAAAAGAGUGGGAGGAGACUAACUGUGCCUUGUUAAACAGCAGAAACAACAGAUGAAUUAAAGACUGAGUAAUUUUUAAAACUGUCAGACACUUAUUCACUGAACUGACCAUAGUUUUUAUGCCUGUGUAAGACUGAAGUCUCUUGCGUAUGUAAGGGGGCCCAGCUGUUCCAGGAAACAAUAAAGAUAUGCAAAGCUUUUCCUUCUGA